CAACCCCAACCCCCCUCUCCCUCCCUCCAUCCCUCUUCUUCUUCAUUCCUUCCUCCUCCCUCCUCUUCAACCAUCACCAAAUCCACACGCUUCCCAAAAAUCCAAACCCAAAUUGCAACCCCCCAAUCUCCAUUGCCGUCGCCGCCAUGAUCAUCAAGACGCUCAAGGCGCGGAUCCUGUGCGCGCUCAAGUCCUCGCUUCCGGCCGCCGCGUCCCCGCCGCCGUCGCCGACCAAGCCGGGGCGAGCCGCCGCGGCGGUGGUGGUGGUCGCGGGUGACGCGUUCUCCGACGACGCGUCCUUCUUUGACGCCCACGAGACCCCGACCAAGAACGGGGCGGAGCCGAUCGAUGAUUGGGAGCUCGUCGACGAGGAGGGUCGGGUUGGGGUUGCCGCGGCGGCGGCGGAGGAGGAGGAGGAACAGCUCAGGGAGUUCCCGGCGAGGUGCCCGCCGGGAGGGGAGGGGGCGGUGGUGCUCUACACCACCACGCUCCGCGGCAUCCGCAAGACGUUCGAGGACUGCAACGGCGUGCGCGCGCUGCUGGAGAACCUCGACGUCGCGUUCCAGGAGCGGGACGUGUCCAUGGACAGGGGCCUCCGGGACGAGCUCUGGUCCGUCACGGGGGAGAAGGCCGUGCCCCCGCGCCUGUUCGUCCGCGGCCGCGACGUCGGCGGCGCCGCCCAGGUGCUCGCCCUCCACGAGGACGGCCGCCUCCUCGCCCUCCUCUCGCCGGGCAGCAACAAAAACAGGAGCGCCGCCGCCGCCGCCGCCAAGUGCGACGCCUGCGGGGGGCUCAGGUUCGUGGUGUGCGGCGAGUGCGACGGCAGCCGCAAGGUGUUCGACGGCGAGCGCGGUCGCGGCGUGCGGUGCCGCGGCUGCAACGAGAACGGCCUCGUCAUGUGCGCGCUUUGCUUGUAGUAGCAAAGUAAAAAUUAAUUAGCGGUUAAUUGUCAAUUACCACCUCCCUUUUCACUCACUCUAAUCUGCUUAUAUCUUUUUAGUAGUAAUUAAUUACCCCUCUUGAUGGUUUUGAGUGUGUGUCUGGACUUAGUGGUUGGCCUGUCAUGUACAUAAACUACCACUACUGCUACUAGUACUUGCUUCAGUUAAACUACAUAUGUGAAUGUGAUGUAUAUAUGCUUAGUUUAGAUGUCAAUUUCACAACCUUAAUUUGCAUCA